AUGAAGAACACAUUCAUUCUUCCAGAUUUGGAACGUUUACUGGAAGUUCCAGGAAUCACAGGAGAUAAAGUAGUUAUCAUCUCAAUAAUAGGCAAAACCCCAUAUAACUCCUCAGGGCUGAAAAUUCAAUCAAUUGGCAGGAUAAUACCUACAUUGGAUCAGAAAGAUCUUGCAGAAUGUUCCAUUGAAGGAUCAUAUGACCAAGAGAAUCAAAUAGUUUAUCUACAUCUCUACAGCCUAUUAGAUGCAGAUGCAUUUUUAAGAAACUAUCAACAACUUUGUGAAGAAUGCAUCACUGAACGGAACUGUGAUGAUUUUCUAGCAAUUUAUGAUGAAGUGAAGAGUAGCUUUGCAAGAUACUUACUACUCUUGUUUCAUAUAAGUCAUAUUGUGGUACUUUCUCACCCAACUGCUACAAUGGAUACUAAUUAUAUCCAGUAUUUCAAAGCAGUAGAUACAUUAAGUCAGAAAUUAUUUGAAAAAAUAACACACCACUUGAAAUCUGUAGAUAAUAUAAGUUCUGAAUGGGUAGCUAAUGGGAGAUUUUGCACCCCUAGACUGAUUUUCCAUUUUGAGAGGUGUCCAAAGAACAUAGGCAAUGUGAAGAAAUUAGAGCAUAAUUUGGAGGAUAAAAUAUACCACAUUCUUAAGAAAACUAGAAUUAUCAGUACCACAGGCUGUUCUUUAUUAGCCAUACCCCUGAAUGAUGAAUUUGUUUACAUAUCAGAAAAAGCAAGUCCUAAUGAUAGGUUAGGAGAGAUGGUAAGAGGUCUGAUAGCUGAUUGUCAGCCUGGUGGAGGCAUUCAUGUUGAAGUGCCCUAUUCCAGUCAACCAAAUCUCCAGAAAAGCUUCAAGAGAUUCCUACAAACUCACAUAGAACAGGCUAGAACCAGAGGUUUUGAUGAUACUGUCAGCUCUGGCAGACAUCAGCAUGCACAAUCAAUGCAUUUUGAGCUCCCAGUUCUCAAGCAAUGGAUUCAAGCUACACAGAUACUCUACAAGAUUGUCAUUAAAAAGAAGCUUAUUACAUCCUUGUGCACUGACACACGCUUCUCUGAACAGAGGUGCCUCAAGGUUCUUCCCUUGGCCCUGGCAAGGUAUCAGGAAGGGCUCCCUAGUCAUUAUGCCAAAGUUGAACAUGAAGCAAGAUUGGGGAUGGCUCUGGCACUAUUUAGAGCCCAAGCAAGGGGACCUGUUUUUGAUAGAUAUGCAGAACAACUUGAGAUGGAGUGCCAGGCCCAUUGGGAGAACGGGCGGCAGCAAUGUGAAGCUGCCAGUAUGACUGGCAAUCCCUGUAAACUACCAAAACAUACUGCUGAGCAGGAUCAUAUGAGUGGAUUUAUUCAUAAGGCUAUUUGCGAUUGUGGCAGAAAGGUGGGCCCCCGCGAAGACCCGUACAACGCGAAACAGGCCAACCACCAGUUCUACCAGCUGAUGUCGAAAGAGUGCCAGUGUGCCAAACUAGAACGAGUCUCGUUUCCCACCUUUCAACCCUCCACCAAAGAACCCAAACAUGCGAAAGACUCGGAAGAGAACCGGUCGAAGCCUGAUAAGGGCGGCGAAACGUUAUUGGAGGGUGAAAAGGAGAAAGUAGGCGCUUUGGAAUGCUUGCCGGGGAUGCUGACUUUGAGUUCCCCCCCGGGGUUGUUACCUGUUUAUUCCAGCUGGUCUUUGGUGUGUUUGGGGGCCUCUUCGCUGUAUAGUCAUAAUUUGGGGUUGUCAGAAAGUCAUCAUCCCGGUUUUCUGAGUUCCACGAACUAUCUGCUCCCGUGGGACGUUACUGUUUAUUCAAAAACUAAGCAGACUUGGCCCCACGUGGGUAAAUAUUCCUCUAGAGGAAGGAGGGGGCGCCCUACGGGGGCAUUACCCCAAUUCACCGUCAAGGUUUUCAUAGGAGUGGAAUAUGAAUGCUCAUCAGGACACAGGUUUAUGUUGGCAAGUCCUGAAAAAAUGCUGAAAGCUAUGCCCGGCAGCAUAGUCAAGGAUACAGGGCAUAAGGUAGCAGAGAACGAUAUGCCUCUGUACUACCCUUGCGCUUGUAGGGCCAACAGAUUGGCCCAGCUGAUGAGACUGCACGUGGUCACACCUAAGGCCCCCGUACAUUGCACAUUGGAUCCAAAGGUUCAGCCUGCUCCUGGUGCCCCAGUUUUCGUUGCCACCAACGAGGGUCCGAUCAAAUUGACCCAGUCUGCCUAUUGGAUCAUGAGACUCCCGUACGUCUAUGUGGCUGAUAAGGAACACCACAUGUACAAUCCGGCGGCCAGGCUGUUGCAUGGCGUUUUUGGAGUGACUGAAAUGGACCAGUGA